UGAUCAGACUGACUUUGUGGCUGCUAGAGACUCACCCAGAUCCUUCCAGAUCUCACCAACCGGGACUUCAGAUCGUGUGCGGGGAUCUCUCCACCUGCAGGGUGUUCCGUGCACCUACGGCACUGGGAGCUGUGGCACCGAGACACCCACCAAACCCUCCUCCCCGCCCCGCACAAACUUCAGCCAAGGACAUAGCCCACGGAUCCUGGGGAAGCUAGAGCACUGGAGGCGACUUGGGGGACCCCACCUUGGAAUGAACCUGCAAGCUGGAUGAGCUGGCGGCAUCCCUGUGGAGACAUGGCGCCAUGGCUCUGGAGAAAACUUCAUGGCAAAAGGCGGAGCGUGGUGGCCAUCUGCUUCCUGACGACUCUGUGUGCAGUGGCAGUCACCCACUUCCCCACUGGCCCUGAUAGUGACUCCGGGAAGCCCCACGAGGAAUCAGGCGCUCCUGGCCCCCUCAUUCCGCGGGCUCUGAGCUCCAGCAGGAGGUUCUGGGGACACCGGACUUUGCCCAGAAAUUCCAUCCUGGUUUGUUCCAAGAAGCCAGGGAGAGUGGACAUGAGCAGAGUGAGGAGAGACAUAGCUUUCCCAAGAGAUCUGAGACACCGUGUCCGCCAUUUUGGGCUCCUCAAGGAGAAUGAGGGCCAAAGAGUCCCAGGACUCAGAGCUCUGGGCCACCCUGACUACAGUGGUCCCCUCCAGGCACUGGGCAUGGGUGGCCUGGUCACUCCCCUUGCAGCCUCCCAGGUUGGACCGGUUGUGGGCACACAGCGGUGGCCUGGUUCUUUGGGGGACCUUCGGGGAUCUGUGUGGUGUGAGGCUGAGAUUCCUGGGAUGUGGACCAGCCCAGCACCUCACAGGGAGCUCCCCCCGUGGCUCAGCCCGCAGGACGCCGAGACCCUCCAGCUGCUGUCCCAAGGGGAGCUGGUGGGCAAAGCCAGAGUCCCCGCCCACGGGCAGGUGCUCCAGGUGGGCUUCUCCCCGCCAGGAGCCUAUCAGGACGCGCCUCCCCCCACGCUCAGCCAAUUGUGUGCCUCGGGGCUCUGCGGCCUGAUCAAAAGGCCCGGGGAUCUGCUGGAGGUCCUGGCCUUCCACGUGGACCGUGUCCUGGGCCUACGGCGGAGCCUGCCUGCCGUGGCCCGGCGUUUCCACAGUCCCCUCCUGCCUUACCGCUACACCGAUGGGGCGGCCAGGCCCGUCAUCUGGUGGGCAUCUGAUGUCCAGCACCUGGGUGACCCGGAUGAGGACCAGAACUCCCUGACACUGGGCUGGCUGCAGUACCAGGCCCUGCUGGCCCCCAGCUGGAACGGGUCAGGCCAGGCCCCAGGCCUGGGUAUUCACCGCACGGAAUGGGCCCGCCUGGCCCUCUUCGACUUCCUGCUGCAGGUUCAUGACCGCCUGGAUCGCUACUGCUGUGGCUUCGAACCUGAGCCUUCAGAGCCCUGUGUAGAAGAGAGACUCCGAGAAAAAUGUCGGAACCCUGCAGAACUACAGCUGGUGCACAUCCUGGUCCGGAGUAGCGAGCCAUCCCAUCUGGUCUACAUUGACAACGCCGGCCGUCUCCAACAGCCAGACGACAAGCUGAACUUCCGGCUGCUGGAGGGCAUCGAUGGGUUUCCUGCCUCUGCGGUGAAGGUUCUGGAAUCAGGCUGUCUACAGACUCUGCUGCUCAAGUCAUUGCGGAUGGACCCUGUGUUCUGGGAGAGCCAAGGUGGGGCCCAGGGGCUGAAGGGGGUCCUGGGGACCCUGGACCGGCGGGGCCAGGUCCUAUUGGCCUACAUCCGGGAGCGCAAGCUCUCACUCUUCAGGGACGAGGAGCCGUGAGGUCACCAUGGGUCAGUGCGGCCCAAUGUGCUGAGGGCCCGACAAGCUCCUCCCACAACGCGUGAGGCCAGACAGGACCCGCCAGGAGCCAGAGGCUGCCACGGGAUGCUUCAUACGCAUGAGGUGAAGGGGCGGGUAGUGGGGGGGAGGGUGAGCUCCCCAUGCUUCCUUCUGCCUUCUUGGUUGGCUCUGGCGAUUUACUCCAUUGCACCAAGAACUAUGUUCAUGAAGGUUCUAUGAACUGUUCCAUUAAGUGGUAUGUUGUAUGGACACGUGUGUAUGUGUGUGUGUAUGUGUAUGUGUAUGUGUGUGUAUAUACUAUGGCUCAGAUCUUCUCUCCCCGGAAGCUGACUUGGGCCUAAGAAAUUCAACACUUAAAGCAUUUGUCUUGAUAAGCUUUGAACCUUCAGUGUAGAGCCAGGCAUGGGAGUGCUCCCCUGUAAUCCCGGCUACUUGGGAGACAGAGAUAGGAUGAUCACAGUUGGGCAAAAAUCACAGCU